GUGCGACACCGACCGAGCGAUAGAACACAACGCAAAGUGAACGAUCGAUUUUUCACAAUCGAUUCAACCUUUAGACAAAAUAGUGUGUGCAAAUCUGACGUCCUCACAAGAGUCAUUUCGAUUCUUCAAUUAGACUGCCAUCACAUUUUUUUUCUCUUUCUUCUCAAAGUGCCUCAGUGACCUUGUGUGUUUCGCGUGGUGCCAUCACCGUCUAUUUUUAGAAAAGACCAGAGGAAAACUCAUCAGCCAAAAAUCAACAAAAAGAAGUUAUUCCGGUUUGCUAGGAAGUACUAUGCUUUCAAGCAGAUUGUCUUAGAGGAGAGUGCACCGGGACUUGAAAACAAAAGACUACCGAAAACAAGGGAAAAACAAAACAACAUUUCGCAGAGUGACAUGGAUGCAAAACGGCAUUCAUGCGCGGCCGUUUGGCCGCUUCUUUUGCUGGCCAUGUGCAUUGGAGUCUGCCGAGCUCACGUAGCCUUAACAUUCCCGCCUGCCCGACAGCCGGCCUGGGAUUUCCUCGACUCUGGACGCACACCACCUCCGUGCGGCGUACCCAAAGGAAGCCUCAAGACAUCGAUUCUAAGCGGGUCGACGUUCAAUGUCACCUGGCACCUGGGUUAUCCUCACCGAGGCGGCUACAGGAUUCAAGUGCUGGAUGCGAGCGAGAAGCCCAUUUUGGAUUUGACGAAUGGCGGUCAACAGAACAAGAGUUCCGUCUUCGUCGAAGGCGACCCAACAGCCUUGUCCUAUCUGGUUCAACUUCCAAAAGAUCUCGAAUGCCGCGAUUGCACCAUCCGUCUCAUCAGACAAGCUUCUGAAUGGGGCAAAAACUACAUGUUUUGGAGCUGCGCUGACGUUGAUAUUAUUCCACGUCCAGAGUAUCGUGAAACCUGUUCGGGACACGGCAAAGACAUUGCGGGACGUUGUCGAUGCAACCCGCUUUAUUCGGGACACCGUUGCCAAUAUCGCGACGAAUGCAGCGAGGACAAGGACUGCGGCCGGCAUGGCAAGUGCGUCAAUCUGGAGGCCACCACCUACCCAAAGAAGCAAUGCUUCUGCGAGAUGGGAUGGUUUGGACCGCAAUGCAAUAAACAAUCGCCGGUGAAAGAUCCGAGCAUCAUCAACUUUGCCGAUUACCGCAAGGAAGUGAUGAGCGACGCAUUCGAAUUCUACUGGCGCAUCUUGCGCAAUUCGCAAGAGCUCGAGGCCGUCAUGGUAGUCAAAGGCGGUACCGGUUACGCGGCCGUCGGAUGGAGACCUUUGGCUCUCACCGCCGCAUGCAAAGGCUUCCCUUUCUUAGAGGACAUGGCCGUUGAGGCAUCUAAUGCAACGGAUCGCCAUCAACAUCAUCCAGCGUCGUUAUCGUUACCUAUUAACGCACUUCCCUCAUCCGAAUCAGCUGGAGCAGAACCAGAGCCAGAGCCAGAAGUUGAACCAGAACCCGAACCUGUUGCCGAACCGGAGCCAGAAGCGGAACCGGUUGCCGAACCUGUCCCAGAACCGAUACCAGAACCAUCGCCAGAGCCCGCUAUCAUCCCAGCUACCAAUCAAAGUGACCAUCACGAUCACGGUGAUCACGCCGAUCAUCAUCACACCGAACUACCAACCGCAAAACACUUGACAUCCAUCAACAGCAAUCGUGAAGAUUUAACAGAAAGUCCGACUGAAAUCCGCCAAACUGUUCCAACAACCCGAAAACCACGUCCAAAGUUACCGGUGCUCGGCCGUUCUCCACUCGCUCCUAAAACAAGCCCAACGACGACGACGACGUCGACGACAGCAGCACCCACGUCCACUUCGACCACGGAGGCUGGCGCUGACGACGACGCUGCUCGUGAUGCGUCGUCAGAUCCGACGACAACGACGGGCGCCCCGACAACGACCAAGAAACUUUCGCCGCUGGAUCGGCUGAUCGCCAAGAACAAACUCAAUAGUCGCAAUACGCAGACGACGGAGAAGCCUGCCGAAUUGGAGCCUGUCCAGGCCAAAGGAUCGGUGACCCGUAUCCAGCUCUCUGAUCUUCCGGAGGCCGGAAUCAGCACAGGAGUUGGUGGGAAAAGGUCGGCAAGAAAUGUGGUCGAACAAGAAAUCCUUUCGUCAUUGGCCGAUUCCAGCCGACGAGAAAGACAAAUGCCAAUCAGUCCGGUUGCCUUCCCUGGUCCACGCUUGAACACGUUCAAUAGCCCUACGAGUUCUUUGACUGUUUUGCCGGCCACUCCAAGAUUGCCGAAACCAAAACCCGCUUUCAGUCCGGUUAGCGGAUCUGAUGGAUGGAUUCCAAUGUCCCCAAAAAAUAGCGUGCCAUCUCCUACUCCUGUCAUCGGGUCCAUUGCUCCAGUUAAAGUACCUGUUAUUGAGCCUGCGAUUUCGGUGGUGGACAACAGCAAUGACCGAAUGGAUCAUUUUGCCGAAGAUAUCCCAUUGCUUUUCACGGUUCCGGUUGGUCGCAUUCCGGUCACUGUGUUUCCGACGACAGCCAGUGUGACACCGAAAUUAAAUCUGAGAGAGGAAACCACCGAGGCGAAACCGACGACAACAAAUAAACCAACGACUACAAAGAAACCAAGUCAAGUGGAACUGCAACCCAUUUCGUUUGUGGAACCUUCCCCGCAACCCGCUUCAGAGCCGUCACCGUCUGACGUCGUGACGGAAACGAAAGCGAAAGUUUCCGAUCCUGAACCUCAACCGGAACCAGAGGUCAGUGAUGCAGCACCUGAACCUGAGCCUCAACCAGAGCCAGCUCCCGAACCCGCUGCUGAUCCCGCUCCCGAACCUGUCCCUGAACCCGCUCCUGAACCCGCCCCUGAACCCGCCCCUGAACCCGCCCCUGAACCCGCUCCUGAACCUGUCCCUGAACCCGCUCCUGAACCCGCUCCUGAAUCUACUGUCGAACAGUCAGAAUCAGUAGCAGAACCCGUCCCAGAACCGGAGGCUGAACCGGAACCUAAAGCCGAAACGACUGGAAGUGGCGACAAGGGACACGGUGGACAUCACGGCCAUCACCAUCAUGUUCACGAUCACAGUUCUCACGAAUCGGAACCGGCCGAUUACAAACCAGCUCACAAGUAUGCUCCUCGAGCCGAUUUUCAUCCGAUGGAUUGCACGGAUAUUGUCAUCGGUAUGGCUCGCGGCAACUAUUCGCGCAUUGGCGAUUACUACACACGCGACAGAUCGACACCACAAAUGGAUAGUUUCUACGGAGGCCGGCAAGAUUUGACAGCCGCUUUGGGUUUCGAACGCGACGGACAAACGGUCAUUCUCUUCCGGCGCAAGUUGAAUUCUAGCGACGAGGCCGAUCAUAUUAUCGGCUCUGCUCCUAUGCAAAUCAUCUGGGCCAGAGGUCAAGAGCACGGCAAAUACGUUCACAAACCUGCGUCCGGCCUGGAAAAGGAAUCGGCCUCAAUAGCCGAUUUCUACAAGCCGGACGAACUGAAAUACCACGGACAGGGCGACCAGCGUGGUGUCACUGUCAUCACUUUUAUCGAACCACCUGCCAAGGUUGACUUCGUUAAGAACGAAAGCCACGCUGGAGGUGAUCAUCAAGCUGGACCAUCAAGUGCUGGUGAUCACCAUCAGCAUGGGAGCGGCGGCGGUGGUGGUCGACAUGUUCACAAGAGCGGGGCGCUGUGCGGAGGCGAAUGGAAGUAUCCAGUAUCGUGCGACCCAUUCGAAAUGGAUUGCACCUACUACGCCAAAUGGGAGUAUUUGGAACACAGCGACCAGAUUCGUUUCACUAUUACGGCUAAUCACACCAACCGCUGGCUGGCCAUCGGUUUUUCAGAAACCGCUUCCAUGCCUCAAACGGACGUUGUGCUCGGCUGGGUCGAUCCCAACGGCCGCGCUUUCGUUGGUGACAUGUGGGCCGUUGGCUACAUGGCUCCCAAAUUAGACGAAAGUCAAGAUUUGAUCAACGCGACGGGUCGAAUUGAAGACGGCAAAACGACGUUAACAUUCCAGCGGCAACGAGUCACCAAAGAUAAGGAACAGGAUGUCCAGUUUACGGACGACACCUGCCUUUAUUUCAAGUUUCCGGUCAACGGCGGAACCCGCAACGCUGUCAACAAGAAGAUCGGCAAACAUUUGCAAACACCUUUCAUUUCAUCCGAUCGUGUCUGCAUCCGCUCAUGCGGAUUAGGAACUGGAAAGUUUAACGGAAUUGCCUACACAACGACGCCCCCACCGCCCACGAUCGCCUAUAACAUCGGCUUGAAAAUGGUCGGAUUAGCUAACGAUUUCGAAGUACCGCAGAUGGGCAGCCCCGAGUUCAACGAGCUGGCCGAAAGAUUUGGACGACAGGUGGAAAACGCCCUGCAAGCUGGAAAAGUGCCCGGAGUUAAAGAGGCUGCCGUGACGGAAUUCUUAGAGGAGGAAGGAGGUUUGGUAGCCAACAUGAUUGUCGUGCUCGACAAGAAAUCAGCAGAAGAAUUCGAACAAUCGUCAGAUCUGAAAAUUGAGACGGAAAAUGUUGUUCGUACGGCAUUACGAGGUGCCAUCGCUGGCGGCCAAGUUGGAACCAUCCGGGUGGACCCGUCUUAUCUCAAAUUCGAAACGGUUCUAGAUGCUGACUCACUGGAUCCGCUUGAAGUCUCCGGCCGCGGAUGGAAUUCGAGCUUGACAACCAUCAGUUUGUACUGUGUCAUAGGCUGCAUUAUCGUCCUGGUCAUAAUUGCCAUCAUCCAAGCGUCGUGCACCAUCUACAAAGUGUCUCGCAAGUCACCGUCGUCAGUCAACAAGGAUCAAGUGGCAGUCAAUUGGCGUGAUUAUUCGUCAACAAAUUACGCUUACGAGCCGUUUGAGACGGACGAGGCGCUGAGAGCAGCUGCCGUUUUAGCGGCCAAUGGCAGCAAUGGCCACACGAUGAUGACGGCCAGCACCACCAACGGCCUUGCUCCGAGGGCUAUGCAAAGGCCACCGUCCAAUGGCAGCUUGCAGUCAAAGAUGACAGCUGAUCGAAACACGACUUACUCUUUACCGCACAAAGCCAACAUGCAAGCAAUGAGUAAUAGCACUAUCGGGCCGGACCACCAGCCAAACGGGCGGCCAAGGACCCAUUCCAGCACUUCAUUCCACCAGCCCGAUUUCUAUUUCAUGCCUUCCCAACGCCGCUAUUCUGGUUACGCAGAUUAAAUUUCCAUAACUGAACAAAUGGAUAGUUGCAAAAGAGGACAAAACAAAAUGAAUUAAAGCGCAAAUAUGUCUCUUUAAACCACGUCAUCCAAUCCCUCCCCCCUCCCAAUAAUUUUUUAAAAAAGAUUAUACGAAGUAUUUCCUCAUCGUUAAUGACAAUAUUCGUGAGUGUGUUUUUUUUUUUAUUUGUAAGUGUUUAAGUGCCCCCCCCCCCCUCCCCAUUCCCCACAACAUGAUGGCCUUAUACGAAAAUCUUUUUACCGUGUUUUGAUAUAAUUAAAAGUCCGGCUCAAUGUGUGUACAUAUAACAACAUAUGACAAAAAAAAAAAAAUAUGAAAUUAACAAGAGCUCGCAAAUACACCGUCUUUUACAUCCAAA